UUAAAGAAGGUAGCGACGUGUGCUACGGCCGAAGCCUUUUAACUACCACUCUCUCCCUUCGUUGGACACCAAAACCACCACCACCAUCAUCAUCUCCCUCACCCAAUUCCUAAUAUCAUCAUCUCUCUCCCCUCUUCUCUCUCUGUCUCUCCCUAUAUAUAUACAUAUAUAUACAUACAAGCCCGCUUUAUCCGAUCACAAUUUCUUAAUCGACCAGUUGAUUUGAUAUUGUCCGUUGGAGAAAAAAACCGACAAUUGAGUUUCUGAAGGCCUUCGUCAUCGCAGUGUAUAUACAGACACAGAAACGUGAUCGGCUCGGAUCCGAUUUGGUAAGCUGAAUCAACGGUUUUGAUGGCGUCAACAAUGAUCUCGAAUGCUGUAGCGAACUCGGACAGAGUUCGCGAGUCUAUGAGGAAGAAAAAGAAGAAGAAGAGCCAAAUCAGCAGAGAUCAAGCUCAAAACCCUAACAACAAUCAAGCUUCGAUCGAGUGGAAGUCUGAAACACAGCAACAAGUCUACUCUUCGAAGCUCGUCCAAGCUCUCCGGCAAGUCCGGCUCAGCUCACCUCCCCCGGCUCCGCGGCCGGGACGCGCCGUGCGCGAGGCUGCCGAUCGAGUUCUGGCCGUGACUGCGAAAGGAAGGACCAGGUGGAGCCGCGCGAUCCUCAAGAGCCGGCUCAAGCUGAAGUUCAUGAAGAACAGGAGGCAGAGAGUGGUUGCGACUGCGACCACUCGGUCGAAGAGGCCGAGAGUGAGCAUUCUGCGGCUGAAAUCGAAGAAUAUACCGACUGUUCGGAGGAAGACUCGGCUUCUCGGCCGGUUAGUCCCCGGUUGCCGGAAAGAACCGUUGCCGGUGAUUCUAGAAGAAGCCACUGAUUAUAUUGCUGCUCUGGAGAUGCAGGUUCGAGCCAUGUCGGCUCUCGCCGACCUCCUCUCCGGUGCCUCCAGCUCCAACUCUAAUUCCAAUUCCAACCCCUCUGUCAGUCAGCUCGAUUCGAACCAGCCUCCUGCGAGCUGAUCAUCUUAUUUCUCAAUUUUUUUUUUUUUUUUCUGUUUUUUUUUUUCUUUUUCUUUUUCUGUUUUUUUUUUUUCUUUUAUUGUUCCUCUCUUCUGUUAUUUCCUUGUUAUAUACAUUAUCCUUUUUCUCUC